UCUAAAUACACCGUAGAGAGAAGAAAAGAACCCAGUAUCCACCCUCCCCAGCCAUGGCGGCGGGAGUCUGUACAGUGCUUCGGCCGGAAGAAGACGGCGGUGGCCGUGACCCACUGCAAGAGGGGACGCGGAUUGAUCAAGAUCAAUGGCGUCCCAAUUGAGCUUGUCCAGCUGGAGAUCCUUUGUUACAAGGUGUUUGAGCCUAUCUUCCUCCUAGGCUGCCACCGCUUCCCCGGAGUGGACAUGCGCACCUCCCAGAUCUACGCCAUCCGUCAGUCAAUUGUAAAAGCCCUAGUCGCCUUCUACCAGAAAUACAUCGAUGAGCAGUUGAAGAAGGAGAUUGAGGACAUCCUUGUUUGGUACGACAGGACUUUGCUUGUGGUUGAUCCACGUCGCCGUGAGCCAAAGAAGUUUGGUGGUCAUGGAGCUCGUGCUAGGUUCCAGAAAUCCUACUGUUGAAAUCAAAUCUCGGUAGUUCUGAUUACGUCACUAUAGUCUUUAUGCUUAUUGUUUGUAGUAAGCAUUUGGAAUUUUGGAUUUAGACUUAGUUUUGAUUGAAGAGAGUUCUCAAUUCAAGUCCGUAUAAUGGUUAUGAUCUGUUUUGUUAGGGUUUUGAGGCAUUUUCAUUAAUUGUUACAUUUUCGGUUAUCAAGAUGACUUUUUUUGGGAUAAUAUCGAUAGGGUUUAUAUUUCUGCAUUUGUUUGUUGUGGUCUUUUUAAUCUCAUUUUUACUUAGUAAUGAUUGUGGUUGUGCUGGUUCUGGUUCUGGUUCUGGUUCUUGGUAAAGUGAGUUCUGAUUUGUCAAAUUGAAUUUCUUGGUUUUAGUCAAAUGGAAAGUUUUUGAUUUAUUA